CAAAAAUUAAAAGUUCCUUUUAAUCCUGAUGAAAAAAAUAGUAAAAUAAAUAAAGAAUAUGAUCCUGAAAUUAAUUGUGGAGGUAUACCUAGUGAUACCAAUGAUAUUAAAUGGGUAGGUCAAAAGGACCAUUAUAAAUGGUUACCAAAUUUGGACAAAAAUAUCGUUGUUUCACCUCGAAGACGAAAAUUAUGUUAUUAUGGCCUAGACGGUUCACAAAAUCAUCACGAAUUGAAAUACAAAUUAUUUAGAGGUGCAGCCAAUGAAGGAUAUAAUUUAGGUAUUAAAUAUAAUGAUUAUAAAAACCAUUAUGGAGUAGAUCCUUGUAGAGCGUUACAGUAUAGUUUUUAUGAUUAUAAACAUAUAAUUAUGGGUACAGAUCAUUUAGAGGAUGAUAACAGUGGCACAAACAAAUCAAUAAAAGUAUCUCUCAAAAACCUUAAGGUAUCUAAUGGUAAGGAAAUGGACGACAAAGGAAAAAGAAAAAAAUUUUGGGAUGACAACAAAGACUGUUUGUGGAGAAUUAUGAAAUGCGGUUAU